AUGAAAAGGAAGUCAUCGAUUCCUGCAGAGCUACCUGCGGAUUUUGCUAGCAGACACAUUGACCCUUUUAAUAAGGGUUGUAAGGCAAUCUUAGAGGUAGAUCCCUCGCUGUAUGAGACAAUGGUCAGCCAGGACUUUGGGCUUUUUCUUAAGAAAGAACAACCAGAGAUGACUUUGAACCAUCACUUUACCAAGCUUGCUAGCAGCAUAUUGGCCCAGCAGAUCAGCGGUGCUGCGGCAAAGAGCAUUAAACAGAAAGUUAUGGAUCGAUUCGGUGAUUUCCCCACCUUUCAAGAAAUGGCUGCGUUAUUCAAAGAAAGUAAAUCGCAAGACUUACGCGAGUGUGGCCUUUCGGCUCGCAAAGUUUUAUACUUAGAAUCCUUGGCGACCUAUUUCAAUGACAACCAAGAGAGCAUAGCCAAGCUACUCACUAAAGAUAGCGAUGAAAUUGCAUCCGAGCUUGUGACGAAUAUCAAGGGGAUAGGUCCCUGGAGUGCCAAGAUGUUUUUAGUCACCAGUAUGGAGAGAAUGGAUAUUUUUGCUCCAGACGAUCUUGGGAUUGCACGAGGGUGCUCAAAAUACUUGGAUUCCCGCCCUGAGAUCUUACAGGAUAUCAUGACCAAGCGAGGGCCUGUAAUAAAACGCAGCAAAAUCAAGCACGUUAAAAAUAACUGGAAAAUAUACGAUGAAGAUGUUGUAGAAAAGUGUGGAGACCUUUUCGCUCCAUAUAGGACCAUAUUUAUGUUCCUGAUGUGGCGAAUGUCACAAACCAAUGUGGAGGUCAUGGCCAAGCGCGAGAGUGAUUUUGUAGACGAUAAAGACAAAAAAGCAUAA